UAUAUAUUUGACUGGCCUUAAAGUUAGCCAUUAGUCCAUAUUUCAAACCCUUUGCCCUUCACUUCAAUCUGUGUUUGCAUUUGUGUCGUCACUUGAAUUGUUCACACGAGCCAUGAAUUGGACGGUCACUGGUCUUCAGGAGUGGUUCCUCAAAGAGGACAACGAAUCAGUGGUGAAGAACGAGGACUUCCCGCAGAUGUCCGGCAAAGAUGUGGCCGCAGAGACAGAUGCGGAUUCUCGGGAGGCGUUCCAGGAUUUGAUCUCUGUUUGGGUGCAAAUGGGGUUAAGCACUCACGAUAUGAUGAACCGCAUGAAAGAGAUUAAACAAAUCCAUUCGACGGCCAAUAGGAAUGCGCUGAAGACCGAUACCUCACGUCUGGAGCGACUGAUCCAAUACACGGACACAAAAUUGAGCAAAAUUGAUGCGAUUCUCGCAGACUUAACGCUACCGUCGUUUAGGGCGCCGACCCAUGUGUCGCGCGAAGAGUUGGGAAGAAUUCUUGUCUAUAAGUUUAGUGAAUUGGAAGCGCUUAAGAAGGAAAGGCUAAACCAAUUGACAGAACUGAAGUCAAAACGAGACAAACUGUUGAAGAAGAUGAAUAUGAAGGCCAAAGAGUUGAGAACCGCUACUAAUAUCCCAUGCGAUGAAGAGUUGAUGCAUUUGCAGAGCUAUGUCUCGGAUCUGACGAAAGAGCUCUCAAAACGAUUCAAUAAAUACAAGAAAAUCAUUGAAAAGCUCUUCAAAGAACUGGAAAGGGAUGUGAACUCAGACUUUGAGAAACACCUCUUAUUUGAAGGAUCAGAUGAUUUCAUACUAUCCGACGAUCACAUGAAGAGAUUAGCGACUCUUCACUCAGAGCUCGAGACUUGUUAUCAACAAAAUGCCGAUAAGAGGGCGGAAAUGGAGAAGAGAUUGGAUUCGCUUUGGAAUAAACUGGAAGUCGAACAGAGCUAUAGAGACGCCUUCUAUCGCAAUAAGAAUGGCUGCAAACCAUCGGUUUUGGCUCUUCUCGCCGAUGAGGUGAACAAAUAUGAAGAACCGAAGCCACAAAACAUCCAAGAAUUCAUUGAAACAAUGAUAAAUAAUAAUGACUUGCAUUUGGCGACCACUAGAAGUACUCCGGCGUCACCGCAACCCAAGUUGUAUGGCGUGACUCCGAGUCCAUUACCGCGUAAUUGCAGACUUAUUCCGGUCGCGCCGAAGAAACGACCAUUUAUUCCCUUUUAAUCACAAU